AUGUCUCGUUUUGCUGGAAAAGUUGCAAUCGUCACUGGUAUGUCUCUAAAUACAAUUAUCAGAUAUUUUUGAAUGCUCAAUUUCUCCAGGUUCUUCGAGUGGAAUUGGUCGAGCUACGGCUAUUCUUUUGGGAAAGGAUGGCGCAAAAGUUACGAUAACUGGAAGAAAUCAGAAAAGACUUGAGGAAACUGCGCAAACUUUGACGAAAUCUGGAGUUGAGGUGAAUAUUGUAGCCGGAGAUAUAACAAAAAGCGAAUGCCAAGAUACAUUGGUGGAAUCAACGUUGAAGAAGUUUGGGAAAAUUGAUAUACUUGUGAAUAAUGCGGGAGCGUCGUUCGCAGAUCCAGAUCCAACUAAAACUGGAAUCAAUACUGGAGUUGAUAUCCUUCAAAAAACACUAGAUGUUAAUGUUUUGUCGGUGGUACAACUUAUUCAAAAAUGUAAACCACAUUUGAUAAAAUCUCAAGGAGAGAUUGUGAAUGUUUCAACAAUCGCAUCACAAAAAACAUCUGUAAGAUCUAUAGAAUAAAAAAAUAAAUAAGUACAAAAAAAUUGCAGGUCAUCCACCUUACAUACUAUGGAAUGGCAAAAGCCGCGAUCGAUCAAUUGACUCGAUGCACUUCUCUUGAAUUAAUUGAACAUGGUGUUCGAAUGAAUUCAGUUAGUCCAGGAUUCAUCGACACACCGUUUUUAAACGCUGGUGGAUUGGAUGAAACUUCAGCGAAAAAAGUGGCCGAAUAUUAUGCAAGUAAUCGCGAUUGCAUUCCAAGCGGACGAGCUGGAACAUCUGAAGAUGUUGCAAAAUGUAUCGCUUUUCUAGCUGAUCGCGAAGCUUCUUCUUAUAUCGUUGGUCAAUCAAUCGUCAUCGAUGGUGGUGCUUCGCUAGUUGUUACAAUGGCUAGUCAAAAAUUGGCAAAAAUGCUAGGCUGA